UUUCUGCUGCUCAGAUGGCAGCUAGUUAGUUAUAAAUAGGCAAGAAAUAUUUAUUUUCUGGUGUAAAUAGUCCCCCAAAAUGUUGAAAUUAUUUUUAUCAAGUUACCGUAAUUGUCCACUGAUUGUCAGCCCGAGUACAGCGAACCGAAAUGCAAAUCAGCUGCUGCGAAAGUCUCUGCAAACAUAUGUUUUUAGACGAAACGAACUGCUAAAUGCGGGUAAACGAUUAAUCACAAGUGAAACACGACAACAAGGACGUAAGCUGCUUUCAACUGGAGGUGGCCAGCAGCUUAACCGGACAGUAUCUGGCCGAGCGAGCAAUACAUUAAGGUUACUAUUGGGUGGUACAGGCAUCGGUGUAUCCGUCGGACUCCAGUGCAGGCGUUGUUUUGUGCAUUGUGAGGCACCGUCUGGAAGACUACUGGUACAGCAAGCUGGUAGCGGUGGCGAUGUCGUUAGAUUUGAUUGGUUAAAGUUUUGGUUCUACUUGAAACCUCAUCUAGCCAAGUUAUUAGCAGCCGUGGCGGCUGCUUUGGCUGUAGCUUAUUUCAAUAUUCAAAUACCGAAUCUAUUGGGUGUCGUCGUAAAUACUUUAUCCAAGUAUGCUCGCACCGGUAUGAAAAACAUUGAUACUUCGACGUUCUUCAACGAAAUGAAAGCACCUUCCCUGCGGUUGUUUGGAAUGUACAUCGCACAGGCCGGCUUUACCUUCGUGUAUAUAUUACUGCUCAGUCAAAUAGGUGAACAGAUGGCCGCCAAAAUCCGACAAGAUUUGUUCAAACAAAUUAUAAUUCAAGAUUUGGAAUUUUUCGACGCAAAUCGUACCGGUGAAUUGGUGAAUCGAUUAACAGCGGACGUGCAGGACUUUAAAUCAAGCUUUAAGCAGUGCAUUUCGCAGGGUUUGCGAUCAAUUGCACAGCUAAUUGGAGGUAGUGUUUCACUGUUUCUUAUUUCACCACAGCUCGCCAGCAUUGCGCUCGUUUCGGUCCCGGCGGCAGUGGCUAUGUUUUCCUUUCUCGGGAGAUCAUUGAGAGUACUAAGCAAGAAGAGUCAAGCGCAAUCGGAACGAGCAACUUCGGUCAGCGAGGAAGCUCUAUCGAAUAUUAGAACGGUUCGAGCCAGUGCUAGCGAAUAUAGCGAAGUAGAAUUGUUCCGCCAAGAGACGGACAAAGCAGCGGUGCUCUCUCAACAGUUGGGAGUUGGUAUUGCGGUUUUUCAAGCCCUGACGAAUCUGUUUCUUAACGGAAUGGUGCUGACAACGCUAGUUCUCGGUGGGCAUUUUAUGUCUAACAGCUCUAUCACCGCCGGAGAUUUGAUGGCAUUUCUGGUGGCUUCACAGGGCGUCCAACGAUCGCUAGCUCAGGGCUCCGUUCUCCUGGGUUCCGUCAUUAGAGGAAUGACCGCCGGCGCUCGUGUUUUCGAAUACCUGUCAGUUCAACCCAAGGUAGAUUUAAAACUAGGACAAAUCAUUCCCGAAUCACAAAUAAGAGGCGAAAUUCGUUUUGAAAAUGUAUCUUUUACCUAUCCUUCUCGACCGAAUCAAGAAGUUUUGCGAGAGUUUUCGCUUGUGUUAAAGCCAGGUCAAACGGUAGCUCUGGUGGGAGCUAGCGGUUCAGGAAAAUCUACCAUCGCCUCGCUAUUAGAAAGAUUUUAUGAACCAACCGGUGGCCGAAUAACGAUUGACGGUCAUAAUCUAUCGGAAUUGUCACCCUACUGGCUACGCGGUCAGCUAAUAGGAUUCAUCGAACAACAACCGAUCCUUUUUGGAACGACUAUCCUAGAGAAUAUUCGCUACGGUCGACCGGAUGCAACUGAAGCCGAAAUCCUCGAAGUUGCUAAACUGUCUCAAUCACACCAAUUCGUCAGUCAAUUACCGGACGGCUACCGGACCACUGUUGGAGAGCGCGGAAUUCAGCUAAGUGGUGGUCAGCGUCAGCGGAUAGCGAUCGCACGAGCUCUGCUCAAACGUCCGGCAGUGUUGAUUUUGGACGAAGCAACCAGUGCCCUAGAUGCUUCCAGUGAGGCAAUCGUUCAAAAAGCACUAGAUGCAGCCGUCGUCGAUCGAACUACACUAGUGAUCGCUCAUCGGUUGUCCACAAUUCGGAACGCCGAUGUAAUUGUCGUACUACACAAGGGCAGGAUAGUGGAAAUGGGAGCUCACGAUGAACUGCUCCGAAAGCAGGGGCACUACUUUGAACUGGUCAAGCAGCAGGAGCGACAGCAACAGGAGGAACAACAGAACCAGAGAAGGUCUUAUGGAUAGAAGAAAUAACAUAGGUAGCCGUUUAACUGCAUCGUUGAAGUAGCUUCGUUAGUUUGUUAAGAAUUAAAUUGUUCUGGUAAACUGGUAAAUUUUUCGGUAAAGAGAUAGGUAUUAUGUCGAAGAACGAAGUAUUUGCAAUAU